UUGCCGCUCUCCUGGGCCGGGCGAGGCUCCGGGCUGCCGUUGGCGUCAGUUCCGCUCCUCCCGCAUUUCUGUGAGCCGGGCUGGAGGAGGAGGCGGAGUCGGUUCCUGCUGGGGCUGUGAGUGUCCGCGACCCGCGUCGCGUUACCCGCCCCCUCCUUCCUCAUCCCGGGCGGGGGGAUUUGAAUUGACGCCGGGUCCCGCGGCGGAGCCUGCGCUACUAUAAUUGAUGCAUAAUGAGCGUUCCUGACUACAUGCAGUGUGCUGAGGACCAUCAAACUCUCCUGGUUGUGGUCCAGCCAGUUGGGAUUGUCCCUGAAGAAAACUUUUUUAGGAUCUACAAACGAAUUUCAACCGUGAGUCAGAUUAAUGUUCGUGACUCCCAGCGUGUGCUAUAUAUCCGCUAUAGACAUCAUUACCCUCCGGAAAACAAUGAAUGGGGGGAUUUUCAGACACAUCGGAAGGUUGUGGGGCUCAUAAUCAUAACAGACUGUUCCUCUGCAAAGGAUUGGCCCCAAACUUUUGAAAAAUUCCACCUUCAGAAGGAAAUAUAUGGUUCUACACUCUAUGAUUCCCGAUUGUUUGUCUUUGGGCUUCAAGGAGAGGUUGCAGAGCAGCCCCGCACAGAUGUGGCAUUUUACCCUAGUUACGAUGAGUGUGAAACUGUGGAGAAGAGAAUAGAAGAUUUUAUUGAAUCUCUCUUCAUUGUACUGGAAUCCAAACGUCUUGACAGGGCCACUGAUAAAUCUGGUGACAAGAUCCCACUUCUGUGUGUCCCUUUUGAAAAAAAGGACUUUGUAGGUCUGGAUACUGAUAGUAGACAUUAUAAGAAACGUUGUCAAGGUCGGAUGCGGAAACAUGUUGGUGAUCUGUGUCUACAAGCUGGGAUGUUGCAAGAUUCCUUGGUACAUUAUCAUAUGGCUGUGGAAUUUCUACGGUCUGUAAAUGACUUUUUGUGGCUUGGAGCUGCUCUUGAAGGUUUAUGCUCCGCAUCAGUUAUCUAUCACUACCCUGGUGGCACAGGAGGGAAAGCUGGGGCUCGUAGGGCACAAGGUACUUCUCUUCCUGCUGAGGCAGGCAACAGACACAGACCAGGGGCACAAGAAGUUCUCAUUGACCCAGGUGCCCUCACUUCAAAUGGUAUAAAUGCAGAUACCAGUGCUGAAAUAGGACGUGCCAAGAACUGUCUUGGCCCUGAAGACAUCAUAGAUAAAUAUAAAGAGGCCAUUUCUUACUACAGCAAGUAUAAAAAUGCUGGUGUGAUUGAGCUGGAAGCCUGUGUGAAGGCAGUGAGAGUCCUGGCAAUACAGAAAAGAAGCAUGGAAGCUUCAGAGUUUCUUCAGAAUGCAGUUUAUAUCAACCUUCGUCAGCUUUCUGAAGAAGAAAAAAUCCAGCGUUACAGCAUUCUCUCUGAAUUGUAUGAACGCAUUGGAUUUCACCGAAAGUCUGCGUUCUUCAAGCGUGUAGCAGCAAUGCAAUGUGUGGCACCUAGCAUAUCAGAGCCGGGUUGGCGGGCCUGCUACAAACUGCUUUUGGAGACACUUCCUGGUUACAGUCUGUCUCUGGAUCCAAAGGACUUCAGCAAAGGAACUCAUAAAGGAUGGGCUGCAGUGCAAAUGCGUUUGCUUCAUGAGUUAGUGUAUGCUUCAAGAAGAAUGGGAAACCCUGCUCUUUCUGUCCGACACUUGUCCUUCCUUCUCCAAACCAUGCUGGAUUUUCUCUCUGAUCAAGAAAAGAAAGAUGUAACACAAAGCUUAGAAAACUACACAUCAAAAUGUCCUGGCACGAUGGAGUUCAUCACACUUCCAGAAGGUUUGAGGUUACCCCCUGUGCCAUUCACUAAGCUGCCUAUUGUAAGAUCUGUGAAACUCUUGAAUCUCCCCAUCAGUCUUCGGCCACAGAAAAUGAAAAGUUUGUUGGGUCAGAAUAUGUCAACCAAAAGUCCCUUCAUAUACUCUCCAAUUAUUCCACACAAUCGUGGAGAAGAGCGAAGUAAGAAAAUAGACUUCCAGUGGGUCCAAGGAGAUGUAUGUGAAGUUCAGCUGAUGGUGUACAAUCCUAUGCCUUUUGAACUCAGAGUAGAAAACAUGGGUCUCCUGACAACUGGAGUAGAAUUUGAAUCUCUCCCUGCAGCUCUUUCUCUACCUGCUGAAUCUGGCCUCUACCCAGUGACCCUUGUUGGUGUUCCUCAGACUACUGGGCAGAUCACUAUCAAUGGUUAUCAUACUUCAGUCUUUGGAGUCUUCAGUGAUUGUCUUCUGGAUAAUCUGCCAGGAUUAAAGACGAAUGGCUGUGCAGUAGAAGUCAUUCCAGCUUUGCCAAGGCUGCAGAUCAGUACCUCUCUACCAAGGUCUGCUCACACAUUGCAGCCUUCCUCAGGGGAUGAAAUUUCCACCAGCGUAUCUGUCCAGCUUUAUAAUGGAGAGACCCAGCAACUUGUCAUUAAAUUAGAAAAUAUUGGAACAGAACCUCUGGAGAAACUAGAGGUCACAGCAAAAACAGUCAACUCAAAAGAAAAGCUGUAUGGUGAGUUCCUGAGUUGGAAACUAGAAGACACACUCUCCCAGUUUCCCCUAAAACCUGGGAAGAUUGCAACCUUUAAUGUAAACAUUAAAGUGAAGCUAGACUUCUCCUGUCAAGAAAACCUUCUGCAAGACCUCAGUGAUGAUGGAAUAAGUAUUAGUGGACUUCCGCUUUCCAGUCCUUUUCGACAGAUUGUCAAACCACGAGUAGAGAGCAAACCUAUCAACCCGACUGAAAGCAGCAAAGUUGGUGACUUCAGUCAUGUAAAGACACUGGAAGCCAUUUUGAAUUUCAAAUACUCUGGGGGACCAGGACAUGCUGAUGGCUAUUACAGGAACCUCUCUCUGGGCCUUCAUGUGGAAGUGGAGCCAUCUGUCUUCUUUACACACAUCAGUACCCUUCCUGCAACAAGCACCCGACAAUGCCAUCUACUCCUUGAUGUCUUCAAUUCAACUGAACAUGAGCUGACCGUUAGUGCUAAAAACAACGAAGACCUAGUUCUGCAUGCGGGGGAAUGUCAACGUAUGGCUAUCCAGGUUGACAAGUUUAAUUUUGAGAGUUUCCCAGAUUCCCCUGGUGAAAGGAUACAGUUUGCAAACCCAAAGCAACUGGAAGAAGAGAGACAGCAGGCAAAAGGGCUGGAGAUCAACAGCAAGUUAGACGUUUGCUGGAAAAUUCCUUCUUUGAAGCGUGAAGGGGAAGCAAGUGUAGAAGGAGUUCUUAAUCAACUGGUCCUAGAGCAUCUACAGUUGGCUCCUCUCCAAUGGGAAUUAAAACAGCAUUGGUGAUAUGGUCAGUGGAAAAGGAAAUCCAGAAUAUCAUUGAGAGAAAUUCAAGAGCAACUCAUCUACACAGAAAAAGAUCAAUGUCUGAUAGAAAGAUUAAGAGGCUGCAGUUGGGAAACAACCUUGAUUUUGUAUGAAUUCUGUUGCGUAUCCUGAGCUUGCUACCCUGCCCCCGCCACCCACCUCCUCCUUUUAACAAUCUACAUGAGAUGCAAGAAAAGUGGAAAAAGCUUUUAAGUAUCCUAACAGCCUGAGAGGUGAUGGGAUAGUCUGGCAACAGCAAACAAGCAAGAAGCAGGGUGUUUUAGCUCCUGAGAAGUAUCAAGAGACUAGGAUAGUGCACUGAGAAAGGAACUAACUUGACAAAACUAAGACAUUUGGCACAUUUUAAAAAUGUUUCUCAGGUGUCAACAAAUGCCUCUGUAUGACAUACUUUGGAUCAGCUGAUUGUUCUAAUUCUUAUUGAAGUUUUACUUCCUAAUGUUUUUAUGAUGAUGAGCAAAUGAUGAAUUUGAAUUUCAGCUAAUAUUUGUUCCAUAUUAACUCAAUUAAAUAAGUCAACUUUUUAAAAUAAAUGUCAUGCAAAAUCUUAGGCUUAGAAUUUACUAAUGUCAGUUUACUUAUUUAAUAAAAUAUUGCUUAGAACAAGGUAAUUCAUAUGAGAGAAAUGUAGGAGAGGAAAGAAAGGUGAACAAUUAAAUGACUAAAGUAGAAAUGCUAAACAUUUUUUAUGAAUUGUUAAGGGUUCAUACAAUAGAGUUGCUGAACUGGAUAUACUAGUUUUAUAGAACAAAUGUGAUGUUAGGAAUAACCAGGAAAAUGGAUUGGAGUUUAAAAUAUUAUAUCAACACAUACUUUAUUGAGAGGAUCUGAAUUGGAAUCCUCCCUGUGCUUUCAGGUGUCGCUUAGCUCAUUCACAAGGCUCUGCUCUUCCUGUUUGUCAUGUGGUUUGCUGGAAUAGCUGCCUUCUUGUGUUUCUAUAACUUAAAAUUUUUACAAGGAUAGGCUGUUGACUUAUCUUUCAACCCCCAAUCUGGAGGGCCCGUGGGUUGCUUUUCACUUGGAUCUCUUCAACUUGGGUGGCUCUAUCAGGAGUUAAAACUCCUGCUGGUAUAGCUCUCAGCAUCAUUGGAACAUGCAAGCCUUCCCACCAUGUCAAGUUGCAGCCACUAUAGAAAGUUUAUCGAGAGGAUGAGCAAAAUAAAAGUUGGGUUUUGUGGCGCAGUUUGUGAUGGAUAAUACUGAGUAUGUAGAGAAAAGUGAUAUGAAUAUUUUGGCUGACACAGAGUAGGCUGUGUGGAUAGAAAUUAAGAACAAUAAAACUGGGUAUAUGAUUCCUGGAAGAUACUUAGCUCACGGGCAGCUUGGAAAAGUAGAUCAGGAAAUGUAUUUAUAGAUAUGAGAGUCCAGUCAGAAACUUUGAUUACAGGAGAUUUUAAUUACUUAGCAAUAGAUGGAAUAUGCUAAUAGCUAUGCAAAAACUCAGAAGUGAACGAUAUUCAUAACUGUACUGCAGGAAUGCUUUGAAUAGCCUAUACCAACAUGAUAUUUUGAGCCAAUUUUAGGCAGUGAACCAAAGUGAGAUCCUCUGUUCUGGACUGAAAUUGGUGAGCUUUUCCUCUCACACCCCCAUUUUGAAGUGUUGUUUUUCUCUAGGGGUGGUUUUGGUUUUUUUUUUUUUUUUGUACUGACUUGUGCUCUUGGGCAUGAUCUUACAUCCAUUGAAGUCAAGGCAAAUCUUUACCUUAACUUCACUAGGCUUUUCAUUAUGUUGUUGCUUCAGUACUACAAAUGAUGAUUCCUUGUUCAGGCUGAGUUGUCCUUUGCAUGUAUAUCCUUCCAAAAUUACAAAUAUAUGGAAACGGGGUGGUGGGGGGGAGGGAAAUAAGGCUGCAGUGGCCAGGUUUUUUUAGUUAUUUGGUGGAAGGAACUACUUUCACACCUUUCUGUUUAGUUUUUUGGCCGUGUUCCACUUUACAAUUUGAACUGGCAAUAAUUCUAAUGUUCCUACUUGGGGAGAUUGGGCAACCCAGACCCAUACCCAAAUGCAGUUUGAAAGUUUUAGACUUUUAUCAGUUUAUAUUGAGAUUGUUUCCUUUCUUUUACACAGGUCAAACUUUUUUAAUAGGUAUCACAAAUAAUCCACUUUACUCUGUCAAAUGCUUUUCCGGCAGCUAAUGACAGAAGAGUAAAUAAUGGCUCAGGCUAAUUUUCUAGUUCCUUAAUUUGGGUAGUAAUCUCUGAAAAUGAUUAACUUUUGAGUAAUAUUUGUAGGAUAUAAUUAAGUUUUUUGAAACUGAGGACAAAGCAUCUUGGAGUUUCUUGGGUGGUUAUUGUGACAGGGAAGAUAGUGACACUGAGCCAAAAUUUAGCUAGGACACAGAAGUCAUACCACCUGUUGAAUUUGAUGGCAAUUGUGCCUGUCAAAUUGGGCAUGGUCCAUGAUCACCACAAAUUCUUUGGAAAUCAGACAGUUCUUGACAAAGAUUCUUAGGGUGAGUUGGUUCAGUUUUAAACUUUAGGCAUCCGCUUUCCACAGAAUUCUGCUGCCUUGAAAAAAGUAACAGAAACAUGCAACUGAUUUAAAAACAAGAAAUCCAUCUGGAUCUGUCUUGUGAUAACUAAAUUAAUGGUACCCCAACAUUGGAAGCCUGAAAAACUAUCAACAAUAAGAAAAUGAAACAUAACAGAAGCAGCCUUUGUAUGAGUAAUUCAAUGUACACAUUCAUAACAUCAAAUAUACGUAUAUAAGUAUUUGCUAACCAUUAUAUAGGAACACUGACAGCUAAUUAUGUAUUUUUCUGUUCAGUAUUUUCUGUCUUUUCUUCUAGUUGUUGGUUCCUUUCCCUGUUUUUCUUUAUCUCUGCCUUUUUAAAUCCUUUGAUAAAACUGGAAUGUAGCAAAAUAUUUUCUGUAAGUUUUGUUUUAUUAUUGCCUCCUAUUCAGACUGUCUUGUUUUUCUUUUUAUUGAACUAUCAUCAAAAUAAAUAUAUUUUUAAAAGAAAAAUGUAACUGUUUGUGGGGUAUAGGAACAUUAAAACAGUUUAAACUUUUGGUUUUAUUUUACAAGGGAACCAACCAAACAAAUAAGCUUGAGCUGAAAUUUUGUGUUUUCACCCACAUCAAAUAUUUACUGCUGGGUUGUAAACUCUGAAUUCUUUUUAGCAGCUCUCUUAUAUAUCAAAUUGUCAGGUUGGCCAUAACAUAUACGUGUACCUACAGAAACACCCUGUGAUGUUGCAGGAAGAGGAAGAAGAUAUUUAUAGCAUCCUCAGAUAAUAAGAGGAGCAGAGUGACACAAGUGUGUGUUGGUCACCCCAUUGGCCCAGUGGGGAGUUUGUACGUACUGUCACACCACUGGUGAGGCUCUCUGUUGGAUCAGGCAAUUUCGAUUAAGGGGACUCAGGGCUCCUGGCAGGGCACGGUAAACAUUUCAUCUAUGCCUCCUGAGCCUCCUGGCUGGGACAAACAAUCACAAAUGGGCUUUGACCCUCUGCAAUGUAAAGUCAACAAACAGCCAGCAGCCUCUAGGGCAGACAGAGCCAAUGUUCAGUCUCUACUCUCCUAAGCCAACUGGCUAGGGUAAACAAUAGCAGUUAGGGGGCAUUGACCCUCUGGGCAGGGCAAAGCAAGCAGUCAGUCUGUAGCCUCUGGGCAGGGGAAAAGCAAAGCAAACAGUUUGUGGCCCCUGAGCCACCUGGCUCGGGUAGGCAAUCACAGUUAGGGGGCUCUGACUCUUAAGGCAGGGCGGAGCAAACAAGCAGUCUACCGCCCCUGGGCAGGGCAGGGCAAACGAUCUGCCUAUGGCUGUAGCCCCAAUAAUCACACCUAGUGGCAAAAGUGCAGGGGUUGGGGGGGGCAUGGGAACCUGGGCCCAUCCUACUCCACCAGGUUCUGACCCAGGGCUCCUAUGAAGCCGUGAAAUUCUCAGUUAAUGGUUCAAGCAUUAGCUUCUGAUACAUUCCCUGGGUCACUUCCUACCGCAAGACUCAUCUUGGGCAUCUUCUCGGCUGGCAGUGUUUUAGCAUCCCAGUCAGUCUCUGGGAUCGGCUCGUUGUCCACAGCAUAGUCCACGUCCAUGGUUCCCAUCACUUGGAGAGUGGCAGGAGCUUGUAGCACACAUCAUUCCUUCUUGCCAGCCAGCCCUGAUUGAACGGGGCUGCUUCUUUUUAUCUGUCCCUUCCACCUGCAGCAUGCACAGCAUGGGCGAUGCAGCGUGGUCUCCUGGGCCCACAGUGAUUGGCCAAGCACCAUUGGCCCAGGGCAGGAUUGGCAUACCCUGUCACACAGGGCAAAUGUAUUUUAUAAUAUGGCUUUGUAAAGCAGAAGUGUUAUCAGUAGACGUUGUAUUAGACUCUUUUUGUAAAGUUCACAUGAAGGUGAGUAUUACAGUUUCAGGAUCAAGUCCAAACUUACGAGACGUAAUAAAGGAAGACAGUUAUUGAAAAUGAUUGCAAUUAUACAGUGAAAGUAAGAAAGCUUUCCAAAUUAGGGUGGUGCACUUUUUUAAAUUUUAUUUUACGCUUCUGUAAAACAUUAUGAUGAUUGCAUUCUUAGUUACUCAGAUCAAGUCACUGCAUCGUUAUUUGCUUUUGAAAACUCCAUAAUUUGGAAUGAUUGAGCAAAAAUUAGUUCCAUGAAGAAACAAUACAGUAAAAUGUUGUUUUGCACAGCAUCUUGUAUGCAUAUUCAGAAGCUGCAGGUAAGGGCUGUUGUGUACCAACUACUUCAGGCAGCUGACUGACAUUCCUGAGUCUAGAUAUAAACUCAGUCUUACUUCCGUCUGUAAUACGAAAAUUUUGUGAUUUUAAAUGUGCUUAAUGUGCCUGUUACAAAUAUUUAAAACCUGUUUGCCGUCAUGUCACAGUUGCAGGGCUAGCUGGACCUUUGUCCCCUUCCAGGUCUCUCUGAGUUCACCCCCUGAGGUGUCAAGCCUUAUGUUUUUAUCUCUUCUGGGGUGGAAUUCUGCAAUUCUCCCUCUUAGACUAGGUCAUGGGCUACAGCACCUUGUGUAUAAAGUGUGCUUACCCAGUAAGUCUGACUGAGUUUGGCAUUUGCAGUUCUUCCUUUCAGGGGACCCUGACCAGUGGUGUUACAGUGACUGGACAGCUUUCAAAGCAAAGUACUGUUUAAUUUUAACAGUAGAAACAAAGCAUUUGGAGAAAAAGGAUUUUAAAACAACAAUCUACAUACAUGUCUACCUUAUCUAAAGCCCUACCAUUCUGUGAUGGUAGCCUAGGCAGACAUAGCAUCUUCAGACAUCCUGGUGAGUGCCUGUGUCAGUCUGUUUUCCACAAACAAACUUAAACAACUACCCCUUCUCUUCAGAGAGAGUCCUUUUUAAAAACUGUUAUAGUGCUUUUGACCUCUCGUUCCCAUGCCUUCUCCAGUCCAGGCAUUGUCUUGUAACAACUUUCAAAUGUUUCCCGAGGUGAGGGCUGGCUUAUCUUGGACCAUUCUUUCCCCUUCCUGACUGUUUUUUCCUUUUAUAGCCUGAUAUUAAACUAAGCAAUGUAUUCAUACAGUAAAAUCUGAAUAACCAGGUCAGCAUACAGUAUUCAUAAACUAUUACAGAGCAGCUCCACAUCUGUCACACGCUCAUUAAAGAAUAGUGUUGGAAUCCUGCCAGUGGGUAUUCUCUUGGACAGUUCUGCUUACAUGGGGUUUUGGGGUAGUAUGGAUGGGCUUAACUGUGUUUAAACUACAUUUGGAAACUGUUUUGAUUUAUGCUUAGCGUGGAUGGGGUUUUUCGUUGCAGAGAUCUAUUAUGUUUCCAGGGGUAAAGUACAGAUCUUGGUAUGUAGCUCAUGACAGGUGAUACAUACAACGGCUUGUAACAACAUUUUUUGAAGAUUUGUGAUACAUAAUUGUUGAUGUUUAUAGGCCAUUGAAAUGAAGAGAGGGGAGAGAAGCACACGUGUUGCGGCAGUAUAGGCAACAUUGAAUUUGAAAGUUGUCACGCCUGUAAUGAGGAAAAAAUAGGAACUUAAUAAAACAUUAAAAGAGAGACAACUUAGAUUUUUCUUAAAAUUACAGAGAACAGUGAACAUUAAAGUAAUGAGAUCUGGAAUUUUGUACUGACUCUUGCCUAAUAGAAGUAAAUUUUUCCAGCUGCUCAUUCUAAAUAUACAGUGUUUAUCAUGGUAGAUACAUUUUCAGCUAUUAAUGUACAUACUAAUCUCACUGUUAAAACUUGAGAGUAAAGGUACACUGUAAAUAAUCUUUAACUCUGUGGUAAUAUUUACAAAAUCUUAGUUUUUAAUCACUGACAGUAUUACUGCCACAGCUGCUCCAUCAGUGGGCAGUCUGGAUGAUCACGGGUAAUCUUACAUCCCAAGAGGGAGAGAAGUGUCUGCAGAUACAAAAAAAAUGGAUAAGUAUUAGCUCCUUGUGAAAGGUUGGCAAUAAAAAGCCAUGCUCAGUAAUUUUUUAGAAAAGAUGUUUGUGUGGGAUAUUUGUACUUUUUUCUUGACAUAUGAGUGUUUUCCUUCCUACAGCUAUGUGAAUUAGUGUCUAAUUUCUAGGGCUGCUCUUAAGUGUCACCUGUGUGGCAUUAACUCCUGUGACAGUACUAGAUCUUCCUCUGCCAUCUCAAAUCCUUGCCAAUUACAUACUUAUUCCUGAUAAUGGAAUGUAAUAAAUGGUGCACACAUACCUAUGUUUUGUCAUUCAUACUGUGACGUUCCCCUUUGGUGUUAUCUGGACCGGUCACUGCUAGGUCACUCCAAUCUUAGACUCUAGGAGCCAGCCUUACCCUGCUCUGCUGUGAGAACCUCCACUCCUGGGCUGUUCACGCUAGCAUGUAAGCUGCUUGGAUUGUGCAACUGAAUGACACUAGCCAAUAUCUCUGGUCCCAGACACAACCCUAGGAACCUCUGUCUUGCAGUGUCCAGUUAUGCCCACUUGUUCUGUUCUGUUCACAAGAUUUCUCUUUUAUUUGUUGGGCUGCAAAGAUCAUGUCUGUGGUAUCAUGGCCAGCAAGAAAGCAACACUGUGACUCUUGAUAAACUGAGUCAACUAGGUAAUACUCGAGCCUGUUGAGAAUGACCCAUGCAAGGAUCUUUCCCACUAUAGAUGGCAUUGAGAUUCCACGAUGGUUGUAACAGAUAGAUAUGCUUCCCUUCAUUUUGUAUAGAUGGACUAUGAAACAUCCUUAUGCUCCUGGGACACAGUACCAUGUUUCCAUAUAGUCUUGAAAAUGUUCUUGAGUCUCCUGACCACGUGGGCACCUCCACAUUUGUACACUUCAGGUAGAAAGCCAUCAGGAUCUGGAGAUUUGCCCAUGGACAGCUGCUUAAUGGCCUUAGUACUGUUGUCUAGAGAAGGGUUCAUGGACAGCUCUUCCAGCACAGGACACUGCCGGAGGGAGUUGAUGGCUUCAUCAGACAUAGUGGAUUGACAGUUCAGGACACUAUCAAAGUGCACUGCCCAGCAAGAGAGAAUGUCACCUUUGUCUGUGAUCAGCAAGUUACCAUCUGUACGACUGGAUUUUGUGCCUUUGUAGAAGGCCUUUGUAGAAGGCCUUCAUGUCAUGCUUGUCAGCUGCUUCCUUCAGUUCUGCAGUUGACUUUAGUAAGGCUUUUGAUACUGUCACAUGACUUUCUCAUAAAUAAACUACGGAAAUACAACCUAGAUGCAGCUACUAUAAGGUAGGUGCAUAACUGGUUGGAAAAUCAUUCCCAGAGAGUAGCUAUCAGUGGUUCACAGUCAUGCUGGAAGGGCAUAAUGGGUGGGGUCCCGCAGGGAUCGGUUCUGGGUCUGGUUCUGUUCAAUAUCUUGAUCAAUGAUUUAGAUAAAUGGCAUAGAGAGUACACUUACAAAGUUUGCUGAUGAUACCAAGCUGGGAGGGGUUGCAUGUGCUUUGAAGGAUAGGAUUAAAAUUCAAAAUGAUCUGGACAAACUGGAGAAAUGGUCUGAAGUAAAUAGGAUGAAAUUCAAUAAGGACAAAUGCAAAGAACUCCACUUAGGAAGGAACAAUCCGUUGCUCACAUACAAAAUGGGAAAUGACUGCCUAGGAAGGAGUACUACGGAAAGGGAUCUGGGGUCAUAGUGGAUCAUGAGCUAAAUAUGAGUUGUCAGUGUAACGCUGUUGCAAAAAAAGCAAACAUCUUUUUGGGAUGUAUUAGCAGGAGUGUUGUAAGCAAGACACGAGAAGUAAUUCUUCUGCUCUACUCCGUGCUGAUUAGGCCUCAACUGGAGUAUUGUGUCCAGUUCUGGAUGCCACAUUUCAGGACAGAUGGUGACAAAUUGGAGAAAGUCCAGAGAAGAGCAACAAAAAGGAGUAAAGGUCUAGAAAACAUGACCUAUGAGGGAAGAUUGAAAAUAUUGGCUUUGUUUAGUUGGGAGAAGAGAAGACUGAGAGGGGACAUAACAAUUUUCAAGUACAUAAAAGGUUGUUACAAGGAGGAGGGAGAAAAAUUGUUGUUCUUAACGUCUGAGGAUAGGACAGGAAGCAAUGGGCUUAAAUUGCAGCAAGGGCGGUUAAGGUUGGACAGAGGGAAAAAAUUCCUAACUGUCAGAGUGGUUAAGCACUGGAAUAAAUUUUCCCGGGAGGUGGUGAAAUCUCCAUCAUUGGGGAUUUUUAAGAACAGGUUGGACAAACACCUGUCAAGGAUGGUCUAGAUCCGGGGUUGGCAAACUUUUUGGCCCGAGGGCCACAUCGUGGUGCCAAACUGUAUGGAGGGCCGGGUAGGGAAGGCUGCACCUCUCCAAACAGCCUGUCCCCCGCCCCCAUCCACUCCCUCCCGCUUCCCGCCCCCUGACUGCCCCCCUCAGGACCCCUGACCUAUCCAAACCCCCCUGCUCCUUGUCCCCUGACCAACCCUGCGGGAGAGCGGGGACAACAGGGGAGGGGCGGGGGGCUAGCCUCCCCGGCUGGGAACUCAAGGGCAGGGCAGGACGGUCUUGCGGGCCGGAUGUGGCCCGUGGGCCAUAGUUUGCCCACCUCUGGUCUAGGUCAUACUUAGUCCUGCCUUGAGUGCAGGGGACUGGACCAGAUGACCUCUCGACGUCCCUUCCAGUUCUAUGGUUCUAUGAUUCUAUGAGAGUAGGAUGUCAGAACUCUUCUUGACAGCAGUAAGCUGAGCUCCUUGUUUAAGUAGGAAUAUCUGUGCUGUCCCCAGCAAAUGCCUCUGCCUUCAGUCCCAUUUAUUUACUAACCCACUGUGGAGACUGGGUUGCACAAUACACCAGUCUUCUGAGAGAACAUUCUUUUGAUAAGGUGGUAAACUAAAUUUUGCCUAUAGCUAAUCUAUGUGGAAAUGUGCUUUUAUUAUUGUUAUCCUGUGUUACGGGAUUGAUUUAAUUCAGUAACAAGAGAAGUCAAAUAGCUAGGCUUAAUCCGCUUUACUAGUCAAAGAUUAAUUCAGCAUAAUAAUAAUAAUGUACUUUAUUUAUCUACUACUAGCUACUUUCUUGUUUUGGUUACAUAACACUUUCAAUUUCAAUUACAGCUAUGACAACAAACAACUCCCAUGCUGUGAUCAAUAAAUUUUGCUUCUGAGAGCUGAAUGCAUCUGUUAGCAAUAAAACAAUUUACAUUCCUGGUUAACAGUUCUUUUUGUGAGAGCUGAUUUCCCAAUAUAUCUGUUCACAAGAGUCAGCUUCACAAGCCUAAAUAAAGUUUUUUCUUUAUCUGGUAACUGCUGCAGCAUCUAGAAAUUUAUGUAACUAAAACUUUGCAAACAGUGUUUUUCCAUUUACUCUUUGGCCUGGCUGCAAAGCAGCAUGGGCUUUGGCUUAGUUCAGUCAGUAUUCAACUUCCCUCACUCAGUUUGUUCCAUCCAUCUGAGUUUUGUCAUUAACCAAGAUUGCAAGCUCUUCAGGGGCAAGAACACUCUCACAGAUCAAAAAUCCUAAACUAUGGUGAUAUGAGAGUUAAUUCAACCAGUCAUCAACCUUAUUAUACAGCUAAUUUGCAUGUGACAGUUUCAUUGGUUGCAUGAAGGAAAUUGCACAGAUGGUGGUUUACUUGGCUCAGUUACCACAAUUCUUCAAAACCAUUCACACAACACAAAAGGCAUACAUAAUAACCACAAACAAUAGCUUCUCACCAUAGCACAAACCCCUCAAAUCACCACUUGCACAAAUCAACACAAAAUCCCCCAGCAUAACCCUUGAGACACAAACCAGCGCAGCAAUCCACACAACAACACAGUAAUAUCAAGCACGCACAACCCCACACCACACCAUACACCUCUCAUUCUCUACAAGAACACAUCAUCGAGGGUCUACCAGCACAACACACACACUUGACUACCCUCACUCAUGCUUACCAUAAAACCAUUAACUUGAGUGGAAAAUCCUUGGGUUAUCACUAGUGUUGACACAAGUGUUUACUAAUUUGGCUUAUCACCACUCUACUAUCUUUCCCUUCGGAUUUUGUCAUACUAUAGUUUGUUCUUCUAAUUGGAAUCCCACUUCCAUUCAUUGGGAGAUAAAUGUUUCUAAGCUGCACAUAUUCCAGAACUCUCAAGUUAUUUUCUCUCUCACCAAAUUUUCAAGCUAGCCUGGUGACUUCACGUAUAUGGAGCACACUAAUUUCAAUACCUGGCUCUUUGGGGUAUGUUUGGAAAUCAAUGGUAAGAAUUGCCUGGUUUCAGCACUGCAGGUGUGAGGUUUGAGUAUUUGACUAAUUAGCCUACCUAUGAGAAGAAACUCUGAAAUCAGGUGUCUGAGUAGCAAAGUCCAUAUAGUUUAAAACACAGUUUAAUUGGGUUAGUGUUCUUGCAGAAGAGGUAGUAUAAAAUCUAGAAAAGGGACUGUAUACAAGAAAGGUCUCUAUAGACUUCUUGUAUUGUUCAGCAGUACAAAAGAGGUAGAAGUUCUUUGAGUGAUGGUCCCCAGCUGUAUUGCACUGGACGUGCACAUGCACCGGAGACUGGAAAAGUUUUCAUUGGCAGUGUCCAUUGGUCCACGGCUGUGACCUCUACCUCCUUGUGCUCUGAACCAAGGUGUGAACUGACUGCCUCUUCAGCUCCUUUCUACCACCCUUGGCUUGAGAUAGAACCCCACCAGUGUCGUCAGCUUUGUUAGCAUUCCUGCUUUCAAUUAAAUUUUCUUCUAUAAAGAGUUUUUAUAUUUUUCUAGAUUGUUAGCUAAUUUGAGUGAUUAUUUAGAUAGACAGUGUUAGUAAGGGACUUGACUCCCCCACCUGAUACCCCCCACUACGUGAGAUAUUUAUUAUACCUAAGAACCCCAGCUUCAAGUCCUGUGUGGCCUGCCCUCCGGUCUUAUUGGUUAGUGAUUUCCAUUGCGUUUGUUUGUAUUUCUUUGGGGGGGCUAUCCUACAUCCCCUCCAGUUGUAAUGUCUGUUGUUCCUUUCGCAUUUAAACCCAGAUAUCUUGAGAGUUCUAGCUCAGAAAACUCUUGAUCAAAUGCUCAAUGAGACUGCGGUCCGACCCCUGUACAUUGGCUGGAGGUACCAAGAACUGUCCCUCCAAGCAUGGUACUCCUGGGCUCCAGAUCAUCAGAGGGCAGAGUUAAGGACCCUAGCAGGCGGAGCAGACAGGAGGAGCGCAAGUACUCUCACAAAAAGUGAGAAAAAUCCCCUCCCAAGUCCUCAUCCAAGAAGAGGUCAUCUUCCCCUACACCCUCCAUGUCUGGUGAGACUCCAUGUCCCAGUAUUGGUGUGUUGGAGCUCAUAGGGAACACAGGUCUGAGUUGUCAGUACUGAGAGCUAACAGUGCUCCAAAAUCACUGACGGGUGUGACUGGCUCCAGCGCCAUCAAGGAAAAGAAGGAGAGAUUGACCCCUACAUUGACAGUACUGUCCCAUUUCACUGCCCAACCAAAAUCAGCAUCAUCGACUGUGCCAAGAGGCAGAAGCCCCUCACGCUCUCCAUCCCUCAUGGCUGACAAUACUAUCCUCAACAGCCUGGCUAUGUAUUCUGACCCGGUGUUGAUGAUACCUUGGAAAUGGCGAUCACUAGAGAGGUGCCCACACCUUUGAUGCCCCAUUCGUUGCUACUGCUGACCGGCCGAGGUGUCACAAGACACCCAGUACUAGCAGUCCACUUGUGAAAUCUGAGGACUUGUACUUUUCUGGAACACUUGAGACUGAGACAGUGGCUCCACAGAUCAUAUUGAGAUGUGAUAUUAGCCCCUAUAGAAGUUGCACAGUCUUUUUAGGGCACCCUUUCACUCCUACAGGACACACUACCCAGCUUGAGACCAAUGGCACUUACCCCAUUGGAACCUCUUCCUUAUCCAUAUGAUCCCUCACACUGACCCUACUGUGGCUCCUGGGAUCCAUAUCUGAGACCUCCUGAGAUCAGAGGAUCAGAGAGGGAGUUCAAAUGUAGGUUGUCUCAUAAGGAAGAACCACACCUCACUCAGGGGCACUAUGAGGAGGAAGAACAACCUGAACAAAAGGACCUACUUGCCUUUGAGGCACUUUUGUCCUCAUCUUCUGAUGAAGCAGUUGCAUGUGCCUCACCAUCGCCACCUGAUGAAGAUAAACAUUUCCAGGAGCUCUCAAGGAGAAUUGUGGAUGCGCUCCAGAUUCCCCUGGAAGAAGUUCAGGAAAUCAUUCUCAAGCUGCUUGAUAUUCUCCAGAGUGCAGGCCCUAGCAAGGUUGCACUUCCAAUCAAGGAGACCAUACUAAGAACCAGCCAAGAUGGUCUGACAAACCCAGCCACUUUUGCCCCCACUCUGAAAAGAACAGAGAAGAAAUACUCUGUACCCUCUAAAGGGCAGAAUGCUUGUUUUUGCCCCCCAUCCCAAGGUCCCCAGUGGUUCAGGCCAUCAUUGAGCAUUAUUGUUUGCACCAACCUAGGUCUGGUACCUCCAACAAGGAUCAAAAUUAGACCUCUUUGGAAGAAAGAGUUUCACACCAGCUAGCCUACUAUUCCACAUUGAGAAUUAUCAGGCCUUGAUGGCUAAAUGUAAUUUCAUUAAUUAUAAUAAGCUUUCUGAGUUCACCAAGAAAUUACCCCUAUUGUUUAGAUUACAAUCCCAGGCCAUCAUCAACGAUAGUAAGCUUAAUAGCUAGAUUGCCUCUCCAAGCUUCAGUAGACGCAGCAGAUACAGCUUCUCACUCCAUGGUGACAUCGGCUGUCAUGAAACAAACUCCAGGGCGCCAAACUACUGGGUUUCCCAGUGAAGCUUAUGCUACUGUGGAGGAUCUUUCUUUCAAGGGCAACAGCCUAUUCAGUGACAAAAAGUCACUGCAUACCAUUAAGGACUCCAUACAACCCUUUGCUUCCUGGGUAUAUACACCCUGGCACCUCAGAAAAUACUCCAAACCACUGCCAGACAAACAACAUCCUGCUCUUUAGUAGUUUACCGCCAAAGAUCCUGAGAGGCUCCCAGGAAGUACCAGGGAGUGCAGCACAGCAGAAGAACAUUCCUCUGUCAUUCACUCCCCACACCCAUCUUCCCACAAAAUAAUACUUUUGACAGGACCCUCAAGAGCUGCAAACCAGCCUCCUUAUCACCUAGCAUCCAUAAUCCAUUCAGUGGCCAUCUGGUCUGUUUCUCCCAGGCGUGACAUCAUAUCAUGUUGAACAGAUGGGCCUAGAGAUUGUUACUACCAGUUACAUUAUAGUAUUUCUGUCCAUCCAUACCACAAAACCCCCUUCCCUGUCCCUCUUCAGGGACCCCUUUCAUGAGAGGACACUCAGAGAGGAGGUAGACUCCUUGCUCCAGCUAGGAGUGAUAGCGGAAGGGGGUGUUAUUCAAGGUAUUUCCUUAUUCCCCAAAAGAAGGAAGAUUGGAGACCAAUUCUGGAUCUCAGAUAACUGAGUAUCUUCAUCUGCCAUUCAAGAUUCAAAAUGAUCACCCUUUACCUUUUAUAAUCUCCUCUCUGAACAAAGGUGGCUGGUGUGCAGGUCUUGAUUUGAAGGAUGCCUAUUUCCACAUAGACAUUCACCCAGCACACAGGAGGUUCCUGCAUUUUUACAGUGGGCCGAGACCAUUAUUAAUGCAGGCUGCUUCUUUUCAGUCUCUUGAUGACCCCAAGGAUUUUCAUGAAGGUGCUAUCCAUGGUGGCAGUAUAUCUGCAUACCCAGGGCACUCAGGUAGGUAUUUCCCUAUCUCAACAACCAGUUGCUCAUGAGUCGAUCGUACUGGGAGGUACAGGUGACAAUCCUGCCAGAACCUUUCAUCUGCUGCUGAAACCUAGGCCAGUCUGGGACUUCAGCCUUGGAUUGUGAGCACUCAUGAAUCCUCCAUUAAAACCUUUAGCCGCCUCCUUCAUUUGUCUCUGAAGGUGGCCUUUCUGACUGCUAUCUCCUCUACCACAAGAACAGUUGAGCUUGGGUCCCUUAUGGCAGACCCCUCCCUACACAGUCUUCCAAAAGGAGAAGGUUUCUGUGACAUUACCCUCCCCUCCACCCCCCAUAUUCAUCCCAAAGGUUCCCUCUGAAUGCCACAUGAUUCAGGUCAUACACCUACCUCUUUUCUGCCCAAAGUAUCAUGCCACCAGAGAAGGUAAGAAGCUUCAUUCUCUGGAUGUCCAUCAAGCCUUAGCUUUCUACUGGCUAAGGACAAAACCCUUCAAGAAAUCUGCAAGACUCUGUUUCCUUUGCUGAACAGAUAAGAUGGGAAGCAGUCUUCUCACAGAAUCUUUACAAAUAGAUUUCAGGUCACAUCCUGUUUUGCUAUGUGUUGACGACACCUCUCCCACAAGGUGUGAGAGUCCCCUUGACUAGAGGUCAGGCUUCUCAAUAGCUUAUAUUCAGGGUGUCGCUAUUCUGGAGAUCUGUAGAGCAGCCAAGGGUGGCUGUGUGCACACCUUAACUAGAUCGUUUAGUUUUUAUCAUUUUAUCAUACCUAUUUUAUCAUACCCAAUAAUUUGGGUAUUGAGUGUUUUGAAUAUAACUUAUUUACAUGUAAACAGUGACUCACGGGGAGACUUGUGAAUUACUGUGUUUUGGAAAUCAGCAGGUAAGUUAACAGAUACAGUAAAAAAGCAAAAAUACAGCAUUAGAAAAUGUCCUUUGCUUGUUUCUUUUAAGAGGUGUAAAUUAGAAAUGUAAAGGGAUUACUUCCUUCCACAGGAAACCUUUCCUAAUUGUUCCAGUCUCCAUCCCUCACCCCCCACCCCCAAAUUAGGUGAGGUGCUUGCCCACAAACCAAGAAGAUUCCCAAAGUGUCUCACACAGCCAGGGUCAUCCUCACAUAGACUAUGCCUUCAGAAGCAGCCUGCAGUGGAGUAGUGCUUCUAGGUACUCAAUCUAGAGGCAGUUGCCUCCUGGACACACCUAAAUGGGGAAUCUUGAUGAUGGAGGAUUCAGACAUUACAGUUUGAGAUUAAUUCCUUUUUCUAGGGAAUCUUCGCUGGUAUCAGUUGUAAUAUCAAAUAGAAGGUUUUUAAAAACACUGUGAAGAGAGGAGAGAAUCUUCCUUUUUUUUUGUUUUGUUUAUACACUAAAUCAUACAGUUUUGAUAGAAAAAUUAAAUCUGGUACAUCUAAAAUCAAAUUAUGAGCUACACAGAUGCAGGUUUUGUGUCAUUUGCGACUGCUCUAUGUUGUACUCACUAAUCCUUUUAAUGAAGAGCUUUUAGCAUGGAACAGAUUCUAUUUAUAGUAAAACCAUUAGAGCAUAAAGCUCCUCAUUGCCAUUCUGCGGCAAGUAGCUCUAGUGUUUGUCAGUGGGAAAGAGGUAUUUUUAGCUGCAGCAUGCAGAAGGGAGGCUCAAAGGUCAAGAAUUCUGAUGGGGAUGUGUUCUGCUACAUCAGUGCUCUCACACAUCUGUUGUUUACUCUCAUUAGCUCUUCAAUAGUAAGAACAUUUCUUUAUUGUGACACUGAAGGUAAAGCAUCAAAAGGAUUCCAAGCAUGAAACAAAUGAUCAGGAAAAGAUGGUGUAGCCAAUUGUGUUAAAUGUUCUACUUCACCUUGAGUGUGUGAUUUUCUUUUCCCAAAGACUUCAUUCAGUAAUAUAUUAGUCAAAAAGAUUCUGCUCUAGGAACUUUAAUUUUUAUUUUAUUCUAUUCUCCAAGAAAUAGCAGUCAGCUGAAGAAGUAAAGAGUUUUAGGUAUAUAUUCUUUUGAUUGACAUCUAAGCUAUUCAUUUUCUUAACAAUGCAUUGCAACAGUAUGGAAGAAAUAACAUCAAUGUAUAGUUCGAUAAGAAUUGUGGUUUAUUAUUAUGUACAAUUUGCAAUGCAGAAUAGCUCAUAGUCACCAAUCAGGAUCAGAGGCCCAUGGGCUGGGCAUGCUACAGACACAAAGUAAGACAAUGCCAUCCCCAAAUUACAUGCAGGCCAAACAGAGACAGGACAUUCAUAGCUUGUAAGGCCAGAAGGGACCACUGUGAUCACCUAGUGUGACUUCCUGCAUGACACAGGCCAUAGAACUUCUCAUAACAGGAGGGUAUUGCGAACAUGAGGUGGGAGAAGGGAGGGAAGAGGAAGACAAGGGUGAUAAUACUAGGAAUACGUGGUUGCAUAUAUUACCUAACUGUGUAGCUUGGAGGCUUUAUAGUUUCUUCUGGUUUUGUUUUUAUGUAAGAUCUGGGGGAAAUGUAUUAAUAAUCGCCGCACUGAAAAGGGGUGGGAAUCCAUAAAAAAGACUGGGAGUAGAAAAAAGCUUUUAAGAAAGAUGGCCUGUAAAAAUAACACGAAAAUCAGGUAACAUCAGCCUGGGAUUUUAUGCAAUUUUAAGGGACAUAAGGGUUGCCAGCACACUCUGUUAUUAAGACCAGAAAGCACUGAUGUAGCACUUUUAGUACAAAGCACUUUACAUUGUUAGACAAAUCAUGCAUGGUAAGCUCUAGAUCUAUAGGUACACUGCUUUUUCAAUUCAUAGUGAUGUGAAUUUAAUUAUAGUUGCCUUUUAAAAAUUCUCUCUCAUACCCACACUGCUAUAUAUUAUUCUUUGCUCUGUUAUAUGGAUGCCAUUAUCACAUAACUUGUAAAAUAGAAUACUUUGUGUCAGCAAAUUGUUAUAUUCUUUUAUAAUAGCCUAAGUCUUUUUCUAUGCUCAAGACAACAUUUAAUACCAUCUUCCUCCACCCCUGUCAAUAGUUAAUUUAUGGAAGUCCAUAUAGUAAUGGUGGUGGUUGUUGUUCUGCUGUUAUUAUUGUGUUGUUAUGUUUAUUACAGUAGUGUCAGGUAGCAGCCGUGAGUGGGGCCCCAUUGUCCUAAACAUUGCACAAAUAUAGAGUAAUGGACAGUCCCUGCCAUAAAGAGCUUACAAUCUAAAUAGACAAGACAAAGGGUAGGGGAAAGGAAUGUAACAAAGAAACAGAGUGAACAGAGUGGUGGGCUGCAAAACAACAUUUUGGUGUCACAAUUAUUUUCUUUUUUAAUUCUUUGGGUUGGGUAUAGUUAAACUGUGAUUAGCUACAUGAAAAGACAAAGCCAGGGAGAGGGGACUUUGAAGGAGAAGGGAGAAAAGGAAAGAAAAGAAGGAAGGUGAGGAAUAGACGGCAGGUGGAGGGAGCCUGAGAUGGAGACUGUGCAGGUGGGGUUGGAGUAAACAGCCAGUCAGGACAUGGGAGAGAAUUUUCAGAGCAAGUAUUGUGGAAAGCAGUCUUAUGACAUCACCAGUGUUCGCCAGUUCACACUAAUGCACUUCCUAAAGAUGCUUCUGUGCUGGCUCCUGCUGGCUUUGGGGUAUUUUUGGCCUCUGUGUCAGGCUCCUUCCAAGAAUUUGUUUUUUUAUCGAGCUCUUACACAGUCAUGGAUCUGAGAGGCACUUGCAGGGAAGGAUUGUCCUGUCUGGGUCCCAUCUUUCUCCCUCUUCCUCGCCAAAUACUGGAGUAUUUAUUCAAGCUGUUUCUGAAGUAGUCAUCUGCACAUAGGGUUACACAGCCUCUCCCAAAAAGACAAAGUAGUAAUGACAUUAAUAGUGCUUGUAUAGAACUGAGGAAUUCCUCCUUCACGUGUGCUCAGAUCAUUUUAUCAUGUUCUUACCAUUAAUAUAUUUUAAAGAAAGAAAAGCUUUGUAGAUUUUAAAACGUUCCUUACGGAUGUGGGAAAAAUUGGGACAUCCUUAGGUUUCUUGCAAAAGAAACAUUUCCCCCCCCCGGAUUCUUAGUCUGUAGAAGGAGUCAACAUAGGUGCAGAAGGUAAAAGCUUAACCAAGGUCAUACACUGCCACACAGUGACUGUGACUAGGCAUCUGUAAAACAGGAAGUUCUUUUACUGUAGCUUUUGGGGGGUUGGAAUUGGAAUCAGGGCGUUCGUGGAGAGGGUCCCUCUCUGAGGGGAAGGAUUUGUACUAGGCCCCAAGCUAGUAAAAUAAUGCUUAAAAUCAGUUGUUAAUAUUCUGUGUUUGAAUGCAAGUACUUCUCGUCACCUAACUGCUCAAGUAUUCAGAUAUUCCAAAUACACCCUCCCCCUUCUUUUGUUGUAUUAAUGGCACCAUUUGUUUUGAUGCUGGUUAUGUGAAUUUCUGUGCAGUUUUACUGUCUCUGUUAGUUUAAAGUUAGCAAAACAGAAAGCAUUUAAUCCUUAUUUGGGUUUGAAACAGGUUUAAUUACCGUAAUGAUGGUAUCUUUGUUUAACUUGCAACCAUUGUGACAACUCUUUUUUGUAAUUAGUUUCCAUGCAGGUAGCUGUUACUGUACUGUUGUACUUUGCCAUAUUGGUUGAAUUUGUAAGAAUAGUUGUAAGAAAUGCUCCUCUGAAAUUUUCUUUUACAGACCGUGUAAUUGGUGGUGAGAAGUAAAAGACAGCUCUGCUUCCAAGAGUCGUAGUUUAACUCUCAAGGUGACUGAAGCAUUGAUAUAAAUUUGAAGCUUUAGUGAGAUACAGGCUCCUAGUGACUGUGAUC